AUGCUGGCAUCGAACCCCCCGUACGCAAGCACCCUGGGUAUGCCGACGCCAACCACGUCCUAUCUUACUGGACCACAGAAGACUGCUACAUUCGCAGACCCGCAGAUUGGGGGAUUAUAUGCGAGCCCCACGGAGUCGGAGUUUUCCGAGGCUCAUGACGGACUGGAUGCUGUUAGGUCCUGGGAUGAAAAGCAAGUAGUGGCGUGGCUGCAUAGCAUCAACUGCCACCAGUAUGAAGCACUCUUCAGAGCGAAUAAUUUUAACGGUAACAACCUGAUCGAGUGUGACCAGAAGAUCCUCCAAGAGAUGGGUAUUAAGAAGAUAGGUGAUCGGGUCCGGAUUUUCGUUGCUAUCAAACAACUCAGAAACAAAUCAGUAGCGAACCGCAAACAAAAGAAUCUGCGACAAUUAGCGGCCCUGGAAGCAGUCAAUCACAAAACCGCACCACUUAUUACCCGUCAGCAGACGACUUCAGGUGGUCGUCGUUCGUCUCGUGCAGGGGACCAUGGCUAUGGGAGACCCUCGUCGCGGCCAGGGUCCCCGCUGCGAGCUCAGCGCUACGUCGCCAGCCCCAUGGAAACCGCGCGAAAAGAACAAGGACCAGGUUAUUUUUCCAGUGGUUCUGGCUCUGGUCGAAAUCCUGGAACCCCCGCGGAGACUGGACAUAGCCAGAAGACUGCGUCGCAUCUGAGACAGAACCCUAGUCUUGAUGGUUUAACAAUGGGCCCUUUGCCAAACUCACCCGUGAUCAGAGUGAUAUAUACUGGUGGACAGACCAAAGUCCUGGACAUCAGAAACUGCAAGACGGCUGAUGAAAUCAUUCUUUGUGUUCUGAAGAAGCUCCAGCUUCCAGAGCAUCAGUACCGCAAUUACUGCUUUUAUAUAUUAGACGGACUAGACCCUGACCCGUCUAACUGUAGGAAACUUGCAGACCAUGAGCUCAUAGAUAUCUGUGAAAGCUCCCAUCGUUCUGAACGGGGACGGCUCAUUCUCCGCAAGAUCCAUGCCGGAGAGCCCGAUGCUGACGAGCUUCGCCGUGCUUCCCAGCUCGCCAUGGAUGAAAGCCAAGUCGCACAUAUGAACGCAUUGAGCAGCUCAAAUAUGCGGAACCAAAUGAAGAUCCAGCAACUUACCGGUGAAUCUUGGAAUAGUAUCAGGCAACCCAUGUCGCCAGUAUCGUCUCGGCAUAACCAGACUCCUGGAGAUUACGACAUGCGACCCUCGCUAGCUACUGAGCGCUUGGUUUCGAACAAACUACGAUCAUUCUUUGGUGCUCGCCCCCCGAGUGAGAUGAUCAUCCACGAGAUCACGUCCUACUUCCCCAGCCAUCACCGGGAGGAUAUCGAGAAGACUAUGCGUAUGUCCGUCCGUAGAUCGCAACGCUUAAGCCGGGCUGCAAGUCGUUUAAGCGUGCUCAGCAAUACAAGCUAUGCAUCAAGCUUGAGAGAUGCGCCCCCUAUCCCGAGUAUUGCAGACACCUGGCUCAACAAUGGCGCACCACCUACUCGAGCCGCGCGUCCCCUCUCCAUUAUUUCGACAAGACCUAGCCUUCCCUCGACUACGUACCGGGACUCAAUCGCCUCUAGUUCACUUCAGCCUCUUCAAGAAGAAUCACCCAUUGAGCCUAAUCGCAAAUCCUAUGUUUCCUUCGACAGUGGAUCUGAUGAUCCUAGCACUUCCCGUCAAAGUCUUAUUGAUGAAAACGCGAGUGUCGCUGCAACUGAUGGUGGCUCGUUCAAUGAAAGACUCAGUGUUCUGGUGGCCGAAGACGGAGAAGAGGAAGACGAUGGGUUAACUGAAUUCUUGGCCGGAAACAACUUUGCCAAUUGGAUGAAGGGCUCGCUGAUUGGUGAAGGUUCUUUCGGAAGUGUUUUCCUUGCUCUGCACUCGAUCACCGGCGAGCUUAUGGCUGUCAAACAAGUCGAGAUCCCGUCCGCAACCAAGGGCACGGAAUUUGACAAACGAAAGAACAGCAUGGUCGACGCCCUCAAGCAUGAGAUUGACCUUUUGCAGGGCCUCCACCAUCCCAAUAUUGUUCAGUACCUGGGCACCACGGCAGACGAUCAAUACUUGAACAUUUUCUUGGAAUAUGUGCCCGGAGGUUCCAUUGCCACGAUGCUCAAACAAUACAACACCUUCCAGGAACCUUUGAUCAAAAACUUUGUGCGCCAGAUCCUGGCUGGUCUCUCGUAUCUCCAUUCCAAAGAUAUCAUCCAUCGUGAUAUCAAAGGUGCCAACAUUCUCGUAGACAACAAGGGUGGCAUCAAAAUCUCCGAUUUUGGUAUUUCCAAGCGUGUCGAGGCCUCCACGGUUCUUGGGUCCCGAGCAAGCAGUGGCGGCGGCCAUCUCCACCGACCUUCGCUGCAGGGCAGCGUUUAUUGGAUGGCGCCGGAAGUGGUUCGACAAACAGCUCAUACUAAAAAGGCUGACAUCUGGAGCCUUGGCUGCCUUGUCGUCGAGAUGUUCAUCGGAGCUCACCCUUUUCCAGAUUGCAGCCAGCUUCAAGCCAUCUUCGCUAUCGGAAGCAACCAGGCCAGACCUCCCGCCCCCGAUCACGCGAGCAAAGAUGCAGUGGCUUUCUUGGAUAUGACCUUCCAGGUCGACUAUGAAAAGCGGCCAGAUGCCGAUGAGCUUCUCAAGUCUCCAUUCCUAGCUACAACCCUGAACUAA